CGAAAUAUAGAGCCUCAAACGUUGGGUAUCAUUUCCCUGCUUGCCUAAGAAUUACUCAUAGAGAACCUUAUACUCAAUCCCUCAAGUGCAAAGUUCAUUCCUUACGCAAUAAAGUGCCUCAUCUAUUAGUGAUCCUAUAUUCUCAUUUCUAUAAAUCCAUCAUGGCCGCCGACGAUAGCCCCACGAAGCAGAACUCGGGUCGGCCACAGUUAUCUUCUAUGAGGACUAGUUCAUAUCUCAAAGAGCAUCAGCAGUACCGUCCUCCUAAGCAUCUGGAUAGUCAUUUCGGUAUAGACACCGUCGUCGAAGAUUUGCAAAGCCACGGAAUUUCUCCUCCCAAAUCAUUCAGCCCCUUUAAUGGUGUGCCCUCCAAGGACGAGCCGCCUCGUAUUGUUGAAGGAGCUAGCCACGACUUCACCCAUCCAAAUUGUGCUCCGCCCAGAGGCACCAAAAUAGAUCGACUUGUCGCCACCUUGAUAUAUAAGUCAACGUCAUCACGUAACGCGGUCCCUUCUCCGAGACUUGCCUCGUCUAGCUCCGACAUUCCCACAAAUCUCGCACCAACUACCAACAUUGAGUUAUUUCCUCUAGAACCUCCGGACGCCGCUGAACCCGAGCCUCUCGAUCACCUUUAUGGCUCCUACAUAUCCCCAAUAUGCAUCACAUCUUUUCUCCAUUUGAUGUCCACCUUCCCCCUACCUCAAGGGGUUAGCGAGGCUACAUCGUCUCAUCGUUGUCUCGACGAUCGGGAGCACCCCCUCGUCGUCGAGUUGACUUUGUCCCCGGCUCCGUGCCCCAACUAUCUUUCCUUAUCAGACCUGCGGAGGCAUGAGCUUAUAUACCGGUUCGAGAGGGAAUGGAACGUCGAUGUCGUAUUGCAACAUGACACACUUUGGCGACGAUAUCCACGUCUGGUCGUUUUCGACAUGGACAGCACCUUAAUCACGCAGGAGGUCAUUGAUCUACUCGCUACGGCUAUUACAGAUCCUCCAGAUCUAGCUGCUAAAGUUUCUGAUAUCACAAGUCGGGCUAUGCAUGGGGAGCUGGAAUUUGACGCCGCGUUCCGAGAACGAGUUGCUCUACUUAAGGGGCUCCCAGCCACGAUAUUCGAGCAGUUGCGUCCAGUGCUAAACGUUACUAAGGGAGUCCCCGAAUUGCUGAGAGCAUUCAAGAGAUUAGGCGUCAAGACUGCUGUGCUGUCUGGCGGCUUCAUCCCGUUGACCAGCUGGCUGGCUGGCGAGCUUGGAAUUGACUAUGCAUAUGCGAACGAGGUUGUAAUCGAUGACUCUGGGUGCCUGACUGGCGAAGUCCAGGGACGCAUCGUAGGUAGAGAACGGAAACAGGAACUCCUACUCGAGAUUGCUAAGAAGGAAGGAGUUGCACUUGAACAAGUAGUGGCAGUUGGCGAUGGUGCUAAUGACUUGUUGAUGCUUGACACGGCUGGCCUGGGUGUGGCAUGGAACGCAAAGCCGAGGGUUCAGCUAGAGGCUAAUGCUCGUCUCAACAGCGAGAGCUUAGUCGAUUUGCUAUACAUAUUUGGACUCACGAGCCAAGAGGUGGAUUUGCUAACCGCGUAACCUUAUAAGAUAGGCCACCUAAAACGCCUGGGAAAUCGGAAACAAGGCUAAGGGGACCAAUCCAUUUCAACGACUCUAUCGCGAUAGAGAGAUGGCCAGAAAAUUAUCAGUUCGGAUAUCCGACGGCUUUUGAACGGGGCUAAGUUUACCGUUUGUAGGAGUGAUACUGAGCUGGUAGUUACGCGUAACGAAACAGAUAUAUCGAACUCGACUAUACGUAAACAACCGGAAUCGU